AAACUCACGCUAGUACCUUGCCUGCUGUUGGCCACAGUCACUACUUUAGCAGCAGCACUGCCACAUCAACGUCUACAACGCGACGUCUCCGAGUUAGUGCCAUACAACUAUCUGCCACCUGGCCACCCGAAGCAGUCGCUACCCGUAGGCGCUGAAGCAAACACAGCCGAUUCUAUCGCUGUUGAAACUGAAGCGCCCGCUUCCGCCGACACCGAUGUCGUUGAUGCUGCCGCUGAACCUGAAGCUGCGCCUGUAAGCGCAGUCCGCGGCGCCGAGGGCUACCAAUACCGCGCUGUACGCCGCUUAAAAUACCGCCAACGCGUGCGCCGUGACGUCUCACACUUAUCGGCUACUUAUCUGCCACCCAAUCAGGCUUAUCUACCGCCUAAUGGCGGCGUAGCAGCUGAUGACUCUGAUGUAGUAAAUGCUGCCCUGCUUAAAGAAGCGCCAAUCUACUUGCCACCCACUGACGCUGAGGAAGUGAGCACAGUAGCGCCAAUUGUUGUGGAAGAUGAAGUGGAAACUGAACCACCAGCGCUGCCAGAGGACGAAGAGCCAGCUCAGCCGGAUGUGCGUACACAUGGAGAAGAGGAAGGACCGCAAGACAGCGGUGUGCUGUUGCAGGAUGGCUAUCAUUAUAAGCAACCUGUCGAAGAGAUGCCAUUACCAAAGUCUGUCGAAAACGAGUAUCUGCCGCCGUUAGAGCAGGAACAAACUGAGGCUGUAGGGCCGGAGGAAAGCGCCGUAUUGGCCGAUGAUGGAUAUCAUUACCGCGCGAUCAGGCGUUUAAGAUUGUAAUGUAGGAGACACAUUAUUGCUUAUUUUGUUUUUUAAUUGAAAAUAUUUA